GCCGGAAGCCGACACACAGCACAUACGGCUAUAUCGAGCGAGUCGCUGAACGCAGGGACACGUAACCAAUUCAACUGUCAUCAGAUUUCUAUCUCUACAGACAUUAAACGGACAUGGCAAGUGAAACCCCAUCCGUGGAAAGUACUCUAAAGCAAGCGGCUGCAUAUUUCAGAGAUAAAUUUGGCAAGGAUCCGAACUUAGCGGCAUGUGCGCCUGGUCGCGUGAAUUUGAUCGGCGAACACACAGAUUAUAAUGAGGGCUUCGUAUUUCCCAUGGCGUUGCCAAUGGUGACAGUGGUAGUCGGAGGCAAGAACGACGUCGGUAAAUGCCGAGUAUUGACGAAGGCUGAGGGCGUUGACGCACCCCAUUUCAUAGAAUUCCCUCCCCAUUCGGAGACAACGCCCCUGUCGCCUGGAACUCCCAAAUGGGCGAACUAUUUCAAAGGUGUUAUUGCCAACUUCCCAGGUACAGUACCAGCUUUUGACGCGGUGAUUGUGUCCACGGUGCCCGUAGGAGGCGGUGUGUCCAGUUCUGCGGCGUUGGAGGUGGCGACGUUCACCUUCCUGCAGCAGCUGUGUCCCGACGAUGGUCAGAACGUGAAGACCAUGCAGAAGGUGUUGGCGUGUCAGAAGGCCGAGCACGACUUCGCCAACGUGCCAUGCGGCAUCAUGGAUCAGUACAUAUCAACGAUGGGCAAGGCUUCACAUGCUCUCCUCAUAGACUGCAGGUCCUUUGAAGGUCGACUAGUGCCCAUGACUGACCCCGAGGUGGUUGUCUUGGUGACCAACUCGAACGUCAAACACGAACUGAAUGGGUCAGAGUACCCCACGCGGAGACGGCAGUGUGAAACAGCCUCCAAAAUCAUGGGCAAGAAAAGUCUCCGAGAAGCCGCCGACUUGACACCAGAUCAGUUGGCAGAUUUCAAGGAUGAAGUUGACGCUGAGACGUUCCGGAGAAUACGUCACGUGAUCACAGAGAUUCAGAGAACAGAAGAAGCGGCUGGCGUGUUGGAGAAUGGAGAUUAUAAGAAGUUUGGCCAACUUAUGGUAGCCAGUCAUAACUCAUUAAGGGACGACUACGAGGUGUCAUGUUCGGAGGUGGACCAGCUUGUGGAAGCAGCCAUGGAGGUAGAGGGCGUGUUUGGUUCACGCAUGACGGGCGGAGGCUUCGGAGGAUGCACGGUGACUUUGCUGAAGAGAGACGCGGUCGGCAAUUGUAUACUAAAUAUGAAGAACCGUUACACGGGUACAGCAACGUUCUACGUGUGUCCAGCGUCUGACGGUGCGCGACCACUCCAGAUUUGACCAGCGGUCAGCUGACUAUUUCCAUACCACUAGAGGACCAUAGUCCUGCCGGCCAUACUGAGCAUAGCUUAUUGUUAACAUAUAGUGACGGGGUACAGGGAGCUUGUCAGGUUUGUGAUUACUGUUGAUAAAUACUCAAAUGGAGUUAAGGUUUUGUCUUAAAACACAAUGUACUCACGCUUUUUAGUGUUUUUGUGAUAGUGAGGAUACUGAAGGUGUAUUAUACUGACAACGUUUGAAGAAGUACUGUCGGGGUUUUAGUCUCUAUCAGGUUAAGGUGUCUUCCCCUUUAUCGGAAAAUAUUCGCAGCAACACAUGCAGCUGGGAGGCUUACAAAUUAAAAUGGCAAUUUUCUAGAAGGGUUAUAUACAAAUGAUGCCUGUACUUUCGAUUGUUUUGUUACUGAUGGUGUGUGGCUUCAGAGGCAGGUAUGUUUGUUUUGAGGGUUGUCCCACAGGCUGGACACAAAGGCUUGACGUACGGCGUAGAUAGGCCAUCUUAGCGUUCCUUGUGUAGUAGGUCAUCGACAAAUCAACUAACAUAUCAGAAUUGAUUGGUCCCAAAGUCAACUGGCUGGAGUGGUAAGGGAAUAUAACACAUCCAUCAGAUGUAGGAAGUACUAGAAACAGUGUUGGAAAUACGGAAAAGACACAAUGUUGGAAAUAAGGAACAGAAACUGUACUUCAAAUAUUGAUAGUAAAAGUUGAGUGAACCCCCAAAACUUUAAAUUUAAAAAUAACGAAUGCAAAUGAUAUUCCUGGAUAUUUUUUAUUAGUUAAUUUUUCAUGAUAAACAAAACGUCACUGAUUACCCAUGUUUACGCACCUGUACAUGUAUUUCAUGCUUUUAUCGUUUACAUGUUUGUAUUUUUAAUAGCUUCGAACAAAAUACAUCAAUCAUUAUUCCCCCCGCGUCUGUCCACAAAAUGAUCGUGAUGACCAGCCGAGGUUGUAUGCUAGUUCGAUGCAUAUAUUGAGGAAACCUGUGUACAUAAUUGCCAUGGAUUUUUUAUAUAUUUUUUUUUUUAAACUGCAGCUUAUUGCUGCGAGGAUUUAUAUUUGAAAUCACUGGCAACAGACACACUCUUAUUUCCAGCACUGCGUAGAUAUGUAAUUUAGAUAAGGAAGUAGGGGUGUUGUUGCAGCACGCAGUGUAGACCGCGUUCCAAAUAGUAAAUCGUGCUCUGUCGUCUGAGUAAACACUUACACAGACUCCAAUCAGUAUUAUUGAUUUGUCAUACUUAUCAUGAACACAGAUCGAUCACCACCACUGCAAUUUAUAUGUCUGCCCCCAUGUGACACGCCAAGCCCCCGGCGUCUCGGUAUUUGUACACGUACGUGUAGGGUUUCCUUUACAACGACAGUUUGUACAACCGACAGUAUCUCUUCAACCCUGAAGUUUUAUAGGUGAUAGAGGAUGAUAUCUCAAUUUUGAAACAGAAGGCAGCUAUUUUGUCCGCACUCACAUGUACACACGUUGGUAAAGAGUUGGUCAGUUGUGACUCACAGAGCUUGUUCGUGUAUAUAGGGAAGGAUUUAUUCCAAUAUUGAUGCAUUUAAUGCAUAUUUUUGUGACUUGUUACUGAACAGGUUAUGGUGUUAAUAAACUAUGUGUCAUAGUU